AUGUCCAUCAGAGUUCGUGCACGAGACAUUGGCAUUCCUUUCAAGGGAACUCCUGGUGCUUGGAAUUCGAUAACUGAUGUUCGUGGUGUUGAAGUAGGACAUCGCACACUAAUUGAAGAUCCAGAAGAACAGUCAACCGGAAAAAAACCUAUUCGAACAGGUGUUACAGUUGUUCUUCCUCGAGGAAAGAACAUUUCUGGAAAUCUUGAAGAACAACAAAUAUUUGGAGCAUGGUAUUCAUUGAAUGGAAACGGAGAAAUGACUGGAACGGCAUGGCUUGAAGAAUCAGGUCUUCUUGCACCAAUAAUUGCAAUAACUAACACUCAUAGCGUUGGAAUAGUUCGAGAUACAGCUAUUCAAUGGAUCGCUCGACAAUCAUCUGAUUCAGUUCUGUCCGAAGGUGAAUAUACUUCAUUAAGUUUACCAGUUGUUGCUGAAACAUGGGAUGGAUUUCUUAAUGACAUAAAUGGAUAUCAUGUUAAGCAAGAACAUCUCUACGAUGCAAUCGAAACAGCAAGUUCAGGUUAUGUCGAUGAAGGAAAUGUUGGUGGAGGAACAGGAAUGAUUACACAUAACUUUAAAGGUGGUAUUGGAACAUCGUCUCGAAAGAAUGGUGAAUAUACAGUUGGUGUUCUUGUUCAAUCCAAUUACGGAAAACGAAAUGAAUUGACCAUUGCUGGCGUUCCUAUAGGUGAAGAAAUGUCAAAUGAACUUUUGCCACUUGGCGGACAAAAAGCAACUAAACAUCAAGAACAGGGUUCAAUAAUUGUCGUUGUUGCUACAAAUGCACCUUUUCUACCGCACCAAUUAAAGCGACUUCUUCGUCGUGUACCUCUCGGAAUAGGAUUGGUAGGAGGACGAGGUGGAAAUGAGUCAGGUGAUAUUUUUAUAGCAUUUUCAACGGCUAAUCGACAAGUUAUGGGUAAAAAAACAGGUUUAUUACAUUUAGAAAUGUUACCGAAUGAGGAAAUGGACCCUUUUUUUGAAGCUGUUACUCAAGCAACUGAAGAAGCUAUUUUAAAUGCCAUGAUUGCAGCAAAAACAAUGGAAGGUAUUCAUGGAAAUAAAAUCUAUGCUAUACCACAUGAACGAAUUCGUGAAAUAUUGAAAAAAUACAAUAGAUUGCAAGACAACUGA